AUGUGUGAUCGUGCUGGUGAUAGAGUUUCUAUUAUUCUUGAUGUCAAUUUUAAGAGUGAAUGGUUGAAAAAUUUAUUCCGAAAUUACUUUUUCAUUCAGCGAGAAUUGAAAUAUUUCAAAAUUGUUUCGUAUAUUUAUUGUAGAAAAUAUAGACGUUCAACAACGAUUGAAAUACCGAAUCAAUUAAUGGAAAAGAGAGAGUUUAUAAAGAUAUUGUUGGAAUAUUGUGGAUUAUUUAUGGAACAUUUGAGGGAUGAUAUUCAGAAUGAUAGAGAACUUGCUUUGAUUGCUGUCAAAAGUCAUGCAGAUGCCUAUUGGUUUAUAGGAGAACAUUUGAAAGCUGAGGUUGAAAUAAUAUUGGCUGUUUUGAGAAAUUCCAAAAACCAACCUUCUCGGGGAGUUACUGAACACAUUUUCACAACUUGGCCUGAGUUUAGCUUGUAUGAAGAUGUUUUAUUGAACUUGGUUGAGAAGAACAAGUAUAUUCUCAAUUAUACUGAUAAAUCACUAUUAGGGAACAAACAAUUCAUGAUGAAAGCUGUGUAUAGGAAUGAGUAUGCAAUUGAAUUUGCAAAUGAGCUAAUCAUUGAUGAAGAAAUGGCAAUGGUAGCCAUGUUAAGAAAACCAUUGAAAUUGGAUGGACUUUUCAAGUUUUUAAGAAGUGAAGAGUUUGUGAUAAAGUAUAUUGAGAGGAGUAGAAAGCCAGUGAUUUUGGAGUAUGUGGAUAUUUCAAUUCGUAAAAAUAGAACAAUAGUAUUGGAGAGUGUUAAGAAGAAUUCGGCAGAGUUUCGGUUUGCUAGUAAGAUGAUUAGAGGAUACGAUAGAGAAAUUGUUUUGUGUGCUUUAAGGAAGGAUGGAGAUUUAUUGAGAUAUGUUGAAGAACCAUUGAAAUAUGAUAAAGAAAUAGUGGAAGAAGCUAUUGGAAAGAACCCUCUAUCUCUGAGAUAUGCAGAUAGAUUUAGAGAUGAUACAGAAAUAGUACAAUUGGCAAUUUCAAAGAAUAGACAUGCUAUCGUCCAUGCCUCUAAGAGGCUUCAGGAUGAAUUCCAAUCUCAAGUUGAUGAUCAAUCCACUGAGGAGGAAUGGUCUAUUGAAAGAAAUAUGUUACAAUAUUGGAAUGAUAAAUUGUCGUUAUCGAAGGAUAAAAACGAUGCUAAGGAAGCUAUUCGACUUGGAUUCGUCCCAUCCAAUAUUAAUUAUCCUGAAAUUUAUAAGGAUAGAGAACUCAUGUUGGAGGCAAUUAAGAAGGACGCAAUGGUUUUAUUAAGAGUUGGAAAUUCAAUGGAUUUGAAUCGAUCUUUUGUCAGGGAAUGUAUACAAAACAAUUAUACAUGCCUAUUAUACAUAAGGGACCACUUUUUAUUGGAUAAGGAAUUUAUAUUGGAUGCUUGUUUAAAUUAUUCAACAUUUGAAGUGUAA